GAACCGUUCGAAGGUCGUUUGGAUGAGACGGCGGGCGCCUCUGAGCGCACCUGACUUUCUUAUCGUUACGUUCAUGUUCUAAAUGACGGACUGGAACCUAUAACCUCCUAGCUUCUAGUUUGCACCAAACAUUAUUGUCAUAGAGAAACAGUAACAAUAUAUAUGAUGUAAAACGUUCAAUUACUGAUUUCUCUUUUUGUUUAGACAAUCCCAGAUCAUUAAACAAAUCAGUCUUUUUAUUAAUUGGAAUAACUAAGUAUCUUUUCGAGCAAUUCUACACUCUCCUUAAAUUCUGCAUUGACCAUACGUUUAUUAUACUGCUGGAGUACCGUGCAAUAUAUGUCGUGGUCCAUUUUAAAGCCCUUGAAAUUAGUCUACUGAUUAAUACGUGAUACGCUUUUUCUAACCUCUCGCAAUCCUUCUUGUGUUCUUGUACGAGAGCUGAAAUAUCCAUGGCUUCAGGAGCACCACGUUGUGAAACGAACUGUAAAAUAGCUAGGUCACCACUAAUUUAUAAAGGCCGUAUAUAUCACCCGUACAUCAAAAAUACAAUAAUUGGAGGAGGAUUGAUGGCUUUGGGCGAAAUUUGUUCUCAGUCAAUUAAAAUGUACUUUUUUGGUCCUCCUAACUAUAGUUCAGGCUCUGAUAACGAUUUAUGCUCUGCCUGUGAUCAAGAAUCAUCUAAAAAAUCUUGGAUACAUCUCAUCACUGAUACCAGCAAUUACAACUUCAACACCAUUAUUAGACAGAGUGCUAUCGGAUCAUUCCAAGGAUUCUAUCAGUUUAUAUAUUAUAGUUGGUUAGACAAAGUAUUCUCUGGAGUAUCGAUGACCGUAGUCGCAAAGAAGGUGGUGUUAGAUGAAGUGUUAAUAGGACCUAUAAGCCUGGCAAUAUUUUUCCUUUGUAAGUCAACUUUAUUUGAAAUAUGCCCUGUACAACUUGAUUUAAAUUACAAGAUAAAGUAAAUGAUUAACCUACUGUAAAUCUUUCAAUAUUUAAUUAAUCCAAAGUAUCUUCUAUGAAUACUUCAUAUUAUAUGUAGACUUACCAGAGCUUACUAUAUAUAUGUAAAUACUAAGGUAACUACUAGGAAUUAAAUUGUUCUUCCCCUUUACUAGGGAAUGAUUGUGAUCACAUUGUCUCAAAUUUUACAAAUUUCAUUAAAUAGUAGAUAUGGAUUGGCAUUCGCAUUUCUAUUUCAAGGCGAAAUUUCGGCAGUCUUUCAAUGUUUCUGCAUUUUUUCCUUCUGCAGAAUUCAGUCAUUUUUGCCAACCAAAGUUGCCAAAAUUAUCUCCUAUCGGCUAAAAAGUAAUCAUUUUCUGGUUUCACGGACGAUGUGUUUAGGAACCAUAAGUAAUAUCGCCGAAAAUUGUUGGAACCAGUGACUAAGUUUUGAUAUUAAUAGAUUUAGAUUUGUGCUUUGAAGAUAAAAUUCCGAUGGUCUAUGUUUGACUUUUUCGUAGUGAGCUUAUGUGCGUGAGAAUCCCUUGAAUGGGUCAAUUGAAGGUGAAAAUAGAACUUCUGUUAGUAGAUUGCAAUGGCCGAAUCCCUAGCUUUCAAACUGUUCUGCUGUAUAUCAGGUUUAAAAUCAUUAUUAGUAACAUGUAAAUCAUCUUAAAUCUUUUAAUCAAUGGUUAACGUUAAGAGGUAUCAGGGAGUGUCAGCACUAUGUACUGGAUUGAUUGGUGCUCAGAAACUCACCCAAUCGUGUUUAAAACAAUGUAAAGCGGAGACAACUUAGAAAUAGCCUCAAAAAGUUUACGUAAUCGUCGGAUUCAGUAGUGACCAGCGAAAGGCAAAGCUAUGUAAAAGGCGACGCCAAGCAACAGUAGACAACCUUCCAGACUUAUCAAAGAAACAAAUAUUAAGAAAAUCGGUAACCAGUGAGAUUUUCUGAAAAAGAUGAAACAAUUAUUUACUCUCAAUACAAAAGACUGCAAUGAGCGCUUUGAAAAACAGUUUAAUUGCUCCUUUGUUAUCUUUUUGUCCUCUAAUUUCACCAGACAAGCCCCCAAACUCUUAUUGGAGUAGAAAAGAUCAUAAUGAGGGAGUGCAGCAGGUUCUGAUGGAUUAACCCCAGUAAUCUUUAAGUAUGGUGGUCGAAUUUCGACUAAUGAAUUAACUGAGAUCUUAACUAAAGUCGUGGAACUGAACGUAGUCUAACCCACUUGGUCUCAAUCUCUGAUCGUUACAGUCUAUAGGAAAAGACAUAGGUCCUCUUUUGACAACCAUUGAGGAAUCAGUUUGACUGGUAUGAUGUAUAAAAUAUUGCCCUCAAUAACCGUCCAACGCUGAACUAGGGCUUGUGGCAAGCAAACUCUGGAAAACUAGUCUGGUUUCAGACAUGGACGUCGAUGUGUAGACCAAAUAUUCACUCCUCCAUCUUGGUAUUUAAUCAUUUGUUUUCGAAGCAUUUCUCGUGUAUAAGAUCUAGUUUUCCAUUAGUUAGCGACUCUACCAGUUACCCUUAUAGGGAAGUUUUUUAAACACUAUGAACCCUUCCCAAAGCCUUAAUGUGCACUGCCUAACAAGCUACAAUUUUUUUCAAAGGUCAUGACUAUCUUUUCUAUGAUUACCUCCAAUGUUCUGACGGGCACUUGUGAGGAUGAUCGGUCUGUAGUUUGGUGGGUGCUGCCUGGAUCAUGUCUUUUGGAUCUCAGUGACUGUCACAUCUUUCUAGUGUACUGGCGAUGUAAACUAGGUGAACGAUAUUCUGAAAAUCGUGGCAGCUACGUGUAUUACACGUCUGAGCAUUUAGUAGUGUAAUGCAUCUGGCCAUGUUAAUUUGAUAGUAUCUUUAGGGCUUAAUGUCUUAAGUAUGUUUUGGUCGACAUCAAUGAUUAACUGGUUCAGGAAAAAAAAUACCGCUGUCGUUUUUGGAUGAUGCAUCAUCUCUUAAUCAGAUUGUUUUUAAUAAUGUUCAGUUUAAGCAUGGUUUAAACAUUAAAUGUAUUUGAUCUAUUAGGUUAGAAUGCCAUGUUGACUACCCAGUAACAAAUAGAUUAAAUUCAACUGGCAGACAUUAUGAAAUACUAUUAGCAAACUGCCACAAUGUGAUCUUUUACUGUAUUUUAUUUUUUACUAGAUAAUGGAUUUUGUGAUACAUUCACGAUGGCUGGUGCUUUUCAGCGGUGUCGUCAAUCAUUUCUUCCGGGUUAUUUGUCAGACCUAGUUUAUUGGCCUGUAUUGCAAACCAUUAACUUCGCCCUUGUCCCUCCUGGAUAUCGUGUCUUAUAUGUCAUCUUUUUCACUAGUAUAUGGAACACUUAUUUAUGUUUCUUUAAUGCUCGUAUGGGCCGCAGUGAUUCCGGGAUCGAAAACAACCAACGAAGAGAAGAUUGCAACUGAGGAAGCCUAGCAAUAUCCCAUAUUGUUUUUUAAUACAUUAUUCUAAUUACAACUUUUGGCGUCAGGAGCUUGGUUGUCGUUCUGUGACAAUCACACUUCAGUUUGUAUAAUUUCUCCUAGAACAUUACCAUCUGCUUAUUAAAAUAUCUGGAUCAUUUCAGACUUGAUGAAAAGAAUGUUCACUCAUUUUCAUAAUCGUAUUUAUUUUCUUUUUUUGUCCACAACUGUAUUUUUGGUGGUACAAUAGAUUUUGAUCGUUAGAUUUAUGUUAUUAACCAAACUAUUCAUCCUGUAUUUUUACUCUUCUUAAAAUUCCUCUAGAAAUAAGUGAAUCUAACUUACUUAUAUUAUAAAUCCAUUUUUGCGUUUUGCUUUUGUUUUAUAAACACUGUAAACAGAAUACUUUUUAUUAUUUUCAUGUUAUAUUUGUAAUAUGAAAGCCCAAACCAUAUGGAAUAAUAAGUUUCCAGUAACCGACAGUCUUGAUAUGUCUCUGUUUCAGUUCAUUUAAAUGUUAGUCGAUUGAUAUGAAGCCCGAAGAUCCUGGAUUCGUUGUCUUUUGGGGUCGUAUGCACAUUGCUGAGGAGUCUCUUGCUAGGUCGAAACCUUUCAAGUUUUCAAUGAUGGUUUUCAAUAAGAAUAGUUCGUGGCAUGCAAUCGUAUCAAAAUUCUGUGAUCUCCACAAAACCUUACACUAUUAACAAUUCAUUAAACAGGAAAUUCAGUGUUCUAUAAUGAUCAGUAUUACCGUAAAUUGGUAAGAACACUGUUACUUGUUUGGAACAAGUAUUUAUUUAAAAAUCUACCUCUUAUUAUCAUUGUUAAUAUAGAUACAUAAAUAAACACAUAUCUGAAAUAAAUUUAUUUGCACU